ACAGAGUGAGGCGGAGGUGGGUCGGCUAGACCGGCACAGACGUUGAAGAAGCUGGAUACCGACUGGGGCUGAGCCGACAGACCCAGGUGUGCAGACCAGAGCGGAGCGCUCCGGAAAACUGACCCGGACGGACGGACGGACGGACGGACGGAGUGGGCUGGUGAGACCGCAGAUCUGGGUUUUGGGAGGAAUUGCAUCACCUGGAAGGCGCGACCAUAGACUGACCGGCGCAGGGCGCCUGACGUUGCAGGUUCUGAUCUUUUUGGUACUCCUGCUCCUGGACCUAUGGAUUCUCCAUCUAGCGUUUCUUCUUAUUGCUCCUCCUCUCUCUCCUCGUCUUUUUCUACAUCCCCUGUGAACAGUGACUUUAGCUUCCCCUCUGAUAAUGAGAGGGAGGGCAAGAGUGCCCAUGGGCUCAGGCCAGAGGAUGUUGGGCAAAGGGGAGGUUCCCGGCCCAGUCCAGGCCCUAUCCGCUGCAGACAUCGACUCAGGGUUUCUAGUAACCAACAUACAGCAUCUCAUCUGGAACAGCGAGGAUCUAGGGUCAAAGGGUCCAGAGACGGUGAACUGGGGACCAGUCUACACACUCAGGGAUGUACCACAGAGGGAGACCUGCUUUUUGCUCAAAAGUGUGAAGAACUCCAAGGGUUCAUACGGCCCCUUACAGACCUGCUGAAUGGACUAAAAAUGGGCCGCUUCGACAGAGGAUUGAGUAGCUUCCAGCAGAGUGUGGCCAUGGACCGGAUCCAGCGUAUAGUGGGUGUUUUGCGGAAGCCUCAGAUGGGAGAGCGUUAUCUAGGAACUUUGCUGCAAGUGGAAGGGAUGUUAAAGACUUGGUUUCCUCGAAUAGCUGCCCAGAAGUCAUCCUUAGGAGGUAGCAGGCAUCAGAUAAGCAAGCACUUCCCAAGCCACCACAGUGACUCAGCUGCUUCCUCUCCUGCACCUCUCAUGGAGAAGAUGGGCCAAACACAGCUAGGACAUUUAGUUUUGAAACCAAAGCAGCCAUGGCAUCUCACAGAAUGGCCGGCUAUGAACCUCACCUGGAUUCAUAGCACUCCAAUUUGUAACCCUCCUCUCAGCUCCCAGGGCUCCAAUUCAGCCCACAGUUCCAUAGGCACUGGGGCCAGCAUUGGUGUCAUCCUUGUCCUCCAGAAAGGAGGACAGCCCUUCACCCACUCUGCCCUAGGCACUCCAAUUCCACCAACUACACUGUCUCCUGUCAUCCCUGGUGAUCUGAAGAAACUGUCUCGAGAGGGGCCUUGUUACCAUAGUUUGCCAGUAACGCUGCCAUCAGACUGGAGCUGUACCCUCUGUCCCCCUGUUCUACCUACCACAGUAAGAGAGAUGACUACAGGACACCUAGAGUCUGCAGUUGCUCCUGGUCCUUAGCCCCAACCCAGGCUUUACACCUGUCCUCCAAUUUCCAAUCUGUGUAAAUAUAUGUUUAUGUGCUUUUUUUUUUUUUUUACUUUUAAUGUAUUUGUGGUGAGGAAAAAUAAUUCCU